GUUGGCUCGGCGUUCAGCCUGGCCAUGGGGCCGCAGGGCGUUCGGCCGCUCCUGCUUCUGCUUCUGGAUUGCUGGGCCUCCGUGAGCGCCCAGACCAGGGCUACUCCGCCUGUGCCGACGGAGGGCCUCAACUCUACGGAGGCAGCCCGGACGACUCCCCGACCCGCCUUGUCUCCUAGGCCCUCUGGAACUCCCAAGGCCCCCGUCCCCACCUCUGGCCCCAGGCCCACCCCGGUCACGGACGUUGCUGCUCUGUGCGUCUGUGACCUGACUCCUGCGCAAUGUGACGUCAACUGCUGCUGUGAUCCUGAUUGCAGCUCCACAGAUGUCAGUGUCUUUUCUGCCUGUUCAGUUCCAGUUGUCAUGGGCGAUAGUCAGUUUUGUAGUCAAAAAGCAGCCAUCUAUUCAUUGAAUUUUACAGCAAAUCCACCUCAAAGGAUAUUUAAACUUGUUGACCAGAUUAAUCCAUCUAUUUUCUGCAUUCAUAUUACAAACUAUAAACCUGCGUUAUCCUUUAUUAAUCCAGAAGUGCCUGAUGAAAAUAAUUUUGAUAAAUUGAUGAAAACAUCUGAUGGUUUUUCCUUCAAUUCCGAAGCAGAGAUUUCUUUCUCAACCCGGUCGGACACUCCAGCUCCUGCUAAGUAUAAGUAUGGGGCUCCUCUGCAGACUUCAGAUUCAUUCUUGAGAUUUCCCUCUCCCCUUAUGUCAUCUCUGUGCACUGAUAAUAACCCUGCAGCAUUUCUGGUGAACCAAGCUGUUAAGUGCACCAGAAGAAUAAAUUUGGAACAGUGUGAAAAAAUUGAAGCCCUGGGCAUGGCUUAUUACAGCAGUCCUAAAAUUCUGAGGGUGCCUGAUUUAAGAACAGAGGCGGAGAUCCCUGUCACUGUUCAGUCCGUCCUCGUGCAAUCUCUGAAUAAAACACUGACCCGGCUGGAGGACACGGUCAGAUUGAACCAGAUUCUGGUCGAGGCUGGGGAUGUUAAAAUCUGCACUAACGUCGUUCUCGAGGUGAAGUACAGCAUCACGUACACAGACGCAGGGGAGGUAGCCCAGGCUGGCCUUGCUCUCCUCCUGGGGACGGUGAGCCGGGCAGUGGUCGCACUCGAGCAGAAGUUUGAAAUUUAUUUCAUUCAGCAAAAUACAAAGCCAGUUCCUCUCAGCGGAAACCCUGGUUAUGUUGUGGGGCUCCCAUUAGCUGCCGGAUUUCGGCCUCAGAAGGGAUCUGGGAUUAUUCAGACCAUGAACAGAUUCGGACAACUUACUAUUCUUCGUAGCCUAGCCGAGCAAGAUUGCUUCGCAGUGGAGGGGAUCCGGGCCCCAGUAUUAUUUGGUUACGACAUGCAGUCUGGCUGUAAACUAAGACUGCCCAAAGCCAUGACGUGCCAGCUUGCAGUGCGGAGAGUGAAGAGCCUCCUGCAGGGCCAAGGCUUCCCGGACUAUGUGGCCCCUUUUGGAAAUUCCCAGGCCCAGGAUGUGCUGGACUGGGUACCGGUCCACUUCAUCACCCAGGCAUCCCACAUGAAGGGAUUCACCACCGUCCUGACUGUUCCUGUGAUCAUUGGUGUGACAUGAGGCAUCGUCAUGAGACAGAGGAGUGUGAGGACUGUGGCAAGAAGUGAGACUCCUCCUUUGGGCAUCGCUGUCCCAGCCAUUGUUCCCUGGUCUAUGAAGGCAGCCCACACGUGAGAGCUUUCCAUUCCAAAGUUCCCCGAAGAGUUUAAUGGAAGUCGACAUCCUACAAAGAGGUUCCUGAUCACACGUGAUUCCUCUGCCCACCUUUCUCUUUUGUCUCAGCCGUCAGAGUGUGGGCGGCUGCUCUCCUGCUUAUCCUUUAAUCGCCCAGCUUUUGCUGGUGGAGGCUUCUCAGGCCUCUCAUUAUCUGCUUAGCAUAUUUAUAGC